CGUAGUGUUGCUAGGAUGCCUGUCGCUCUUCAGGUAGUUGAUAUCGCGUGGUUGUUAUUGGCUUUAGGGUUUUUAACAGCGUUUUUCGUUCAUAAACUGCCAUUAAAAUUUCCAGGUGACGUCGAGCAGGUUUUCCAGGAUCUUAUUCGGUACGGAAAAACUAAGAGCCAGCUGAAGCAGCGCCGCGCCGUCCUCCGCCUGUUUGACGUCCCCAAAAGAUGGUUCUGGCAUUUCUAUGCCAUAUCUGUCCUCUGGAAUGGGCUUCUUUUUAUCCUCUCCUUCCGUGCUGUAAUAUUUGGAGAGGUGUUUCCUGAAUUCUUGACUGACGUUCUUCGUUUCCUGACUGGACGUCCAGCAGCUGCUUGGACUGAACUUCAGCUGAGUGUCCUGGUGUUGCAAGCACUUCUGUGGGUUCAUUCCCUUAGACGCCUGCUGGAGUGCCUGUUGGUCAGCAUUUUCUCUGAUGGCAAGAUCCAUGUAGUUCAGUAUGCAUUUGGAUUGAGUUAUUACCUUUUCCUGGGGUUGACUGUCCUGUGCGCAGGUGUCUCACAACCUACAGAUAGUCUGUCAAGAGACUCAGCUGGACCAUUUCUGUCCCAAAUCACAUGGUAUCAUAUAGCAGGAGUCCUGCUGUUCAUCUGGGCAUCUCUGCUACAGCACCACUCGCUGUCACUGCUGGCCAGCCUGCGUACUAACAGCUCAGGUAAAGUGGAGACUUUGGCCCACAGGAUCCCACAUGGGGGCUGGUUUGAGCUAGUGUCCUGUCCUCACUACCUGGCUGAACUGCUGAUCUACACUGCGCUGGGUGUGUGCUGUGGCUGCUGCUCUGUCACUUGGUGGCUAGUGGUGCUCUAUAUUUUCUGCAAUCAAGCUCUGGCUGCCCAGCUAUGCCACGAGUACUACCAAAGCACAUUUAAGGCAUAUCCACGUCAGCGCAAAGCCUUCGUUCCUUUUCUGCUAUGAUAUGUUUUUUUUAAUACAAAUAAAUGGACAGUUUAUGAUUAAAUGUGUAGAACAGUAAAAUAAUGUUGUUCAUGUCCGCAUUAAUUUGUUUUUCGUGACAAUGAACGUCAAGGGCAGGUCCUUUCCAGCAUUCAGCGGUUCAGCAGGGCUGCAUGCAGCCCAACCACAGACACAGUCGUAUGCAAAAGUUUGGGUGUUCAUAGUCAAAUUACAUGUUUUGUUGAUUUUCUAAGUGAAAAUACAUGAACGCAUCCUCUACAGAGAACACAUUUCUGCACAUUUGCUCAGCACAGUUACAGUUUAUUUGUCCAAUGAACCAGUAACACACACAUGAUCAGUUGUUUCAAGACUGAAAUCUAUUUAACGGGUGAAAUCAGGUGUGCUCCAGCCUAUUUGGAAUGAAAACCUGCAGCCUCACCGGCCCUAUAUGGAUAAGAUUGGACACCCCUGUCUUAGGCACUUAAGAAAAUUAUUUAAAAUGAUUUAUUUCGGCAGUUAGUGUGCUUUUAAAACACUAUCACAUUAGAAUAAAUGCAAACAAACAUUAAUGCAGUAAAUAUGAAAAGAUUUCUUUAAAAAUUAGUUGAUAUCUUUUGAGCUGGUUAGAAGAACUCAUGUUUGGCUCCAGAUUUCUCCUUUUCUCCACCCCAAGCUAUCACUUAAAUUUAUUUAAUUCCACCACCAGCACACCUGAUUCAAUUUAAUGAAACACUGACUGAGCCAAAACAAGUACUGGAUAAUAAUUCAAAUAAUACUGGGGGAGAGAGGUGUGAAGUUUGGGUGUUCCUAGUCAAAUUGCAUAUUUUAGAGCCACAUAAAAUCACCACUUAUUUUAUUAAUGCUAUUUAUAUUUGUUUUAAUAUUAGUGUUUUUCUGAGCAGAGCAAAUACAUGAUUUCUGCCCAAUUAUCUAAUUUUCUCAGGUGGCUAAAACAUUUGAGCAGAACUGUACAUAUCUGGAAUACCUAUGGGCCCCUGUCAGUAAAACACUUCAGCUCAGCUUUGUCCAGGUUUGCAACCACUAUCAUCCUAUUGCAUGUAAAUGAAAAUAAGUUUUCAAUGUCCCUUCGCUUGUCAAAUAAAAGGUCCUGAAGCAGAAUUUCUGUAACUAUAACAUACAUAAGGGGAGCUGGACAUGACAGUGAUAACAAGCGAUUACAAGAACUGGUCUCCAGAACUGAUUGAGCUUUGCCACUGAAACGUCCCUGUGUUGUGCAGAUGCUGCAUCAGGAAAAGUCUUCACAUUAAAAAAGUUUUUAAACUUAAUUCUACAGGACUUGACUGUAUGUAGGAAUAUAUCUAUGCACUGGGUGCAUUUCUGCAUUACUACAGUGUCAGGUUCCCUUUGGUGUAAGAAAACACAACAAGUCUGUCCAAAACAAGCUGGGUUGUUUGCAAGACAUUCUUUUAGCACGGAUUAACAGUACUGAGGAAGAAUUGUAUAAUGCUGACUGAAAUAUCUUGUGCUAUUAUGAUAUACUUUGCCAUGCAAAAGUAUUAAACCCCCUUAAAAG